AUGGCUGAGAAGCGCAAGCUUCCCCCGCGCGAGCGACGCGAACCCGCCAAGCGACGUGUCUCCGAAGCCACGCCGCAAUCUCACAGAAAAAAGGCGCCAAUACCACGCGCUCCAUCGGUGGAUGCGCCAUUGCCAACACAAAUCAAGGAUGCAGAUGCUUUACCCAUUGUCCGUACGAGGCAGCCCGCGACCCUGUCAGACAAGGAGUAUCAAUCAAUCGCCGAAAGUGCGGUCCUCCUGGCCUCUCUGGAACGCUCAAAAAAGAAAUGGCUAAGCGAUGGGAUUCUCGUUCGUUAUUACACAAAACCCAAGAAGACCAAGCGCGAAGCGACCGAAAAGAAGAAUCCAUCAAAGGAAUCCAUGCUCAAAAUUGGACCAUGCGACGUCACCAUCGGACCCCAUUUGUUUGAUGCCAUGAUCUAUGUUGUGAAGGAUCCCAAUGCACCCCCGUCGCUUCAAUACACAGCCCCUCAACGGCCAACGGGCGUUCAAUGGGGCGUGCCCCAUACCCCGUACCGACCAUACGGCUCCCCAUCCAAUGCGCAACGACCUGCUCAAUACUCCCCUGCCCCGGCUGGACGACCCGGAUACCCUGGCAGCCAACCUUCACCGCAUCAAUGCCGCCCCAAUCAAGGCUCUGCGCCCUCACCCCAGGGAGGACAGCGACCACCACAAGGACAAAAGGGCACCAAUGGUCAACCUGCCAAACCCAGCCCAGACCCGGUUAUCCAGAUGCUGGCCACCCGAGCAGCCGCGGAUCCAGAUCUGAAGGCGCUGAUGCGUGUCGUGGCAUCCAGCCAGGCAUCACAGGAGCAGCUCCGGGCUUUCCAGGCACACAUUGACGAACUCAACGCCAUUAUCAAGUCGAGAGAGCAACAAGAACAGCGCCAACAGUCUUCUGCGGGGACGCCUACCCCUGCGCCCCAAACACAAUCCACACCACAGCCUCCGCAGAAGCCGGAAACUACGGCAAAACCGACGGCCGAGGCUCAGACACCUUCGAGCACUCCAGGCCCAGUGAAAGUCAAGGACGAGCCGACAGGAACCAGCGCUACAACUUCACAACCCGCACCCGCACCCACGCCAUCCGACCCAGCGCCCUCACCAGCACCCACACCCGCACCAGCACCAGCGGCAGCUCAACCUGCGACACCUAGUGCUGCCAUCCAACCUAUCACAUCUACACCAGCUCCACAGAAUCAGAGCCCGGCAAUACAAGCCACACCUGUCGCGACCCCACAGGCAGGCGCGCGGCCCAUACCACCUUCUUUCCAACAACCUUCCUACGGCACUCAGCCUCCGCUUCAAUCCCGGCCACCAGUCUACGGGGGGCCUGGUGCAUACCGACCCCCUCCAAUGCCCAUUGCCCCACCGCGCGUGAACUACAAGUCCGUAGUGUUCGAAUUCACAUCUCCAUUAACGCCAUACGGAAGCAGUACCUCAGGCCACGCAGGCUCAGGUGACCGCUACCUCUUCCCCGAAAACACCAUUUUGGAAUGGCUCCCUGCCGAAAACACAGUCAUUGCAUCAUUCUUGAUCGUCCGCAAAGUCGACCCAAAUACACCCUUCCCACUGGAGACCGCAACAGAAGCCGCAGCCAAGAACAAGGCCAAAGGCAAAGGCGCAUCCAAAGCCAAGGGCGACAAAAAAGUCAAAGACGAAAAGGGCCAACCAGCCACCCCAAUCCCAGGCCAACCUGCGCCAACCGAAACCCCCCAAAAACAAGAACCCACCGACCCUGCAACCCCAGGUAUGCCCACGGAGGCCAACCUAAAGGAAUACUGGCAACCAGUAACCUUCCGCAUCCAUGCGCCUAAUGCCAAAAUUCUCGAGCCGCUAGCUCGCGUAGUCAGACCUGCGGAGGAAGUCCGAAAAUAUAUGAAUGAAAUCAUGGACCGGGCAGAGCGUUCGCAGGAUGGAUACCUGGCUAUGCGACUACCUCGCGAAGAAGCCGAGGCUUUCGAGUCGGAAGGUACACCCGCUUCUGGUGCAGGCACUAGGAGUCGAUUAUCCCGUGUUCAGCUGGCUGAUGAAUCCGAGGUCGAGAGUGGGUUUGAGGAGGAAGAUGAGGAGGAACUUAAAGAUUUCUAUGAUCCUCCUAGUGGGUUGGCGCCGAUGAGGUAG